UCGAGGCGAGAGCACGCGGCCCCAAAGACGUGCGCAUGUCAAGUUGCGAGCUGCGUUCGGUUUUCCAUUUGAGCCACAUGGCGUAUACGCGAUUCGGUCCGUGCCACUGCCUGCAUUGAGUAUUGAGUCAAUAAUGGUCGGUGGUCAGUGCUGCGGCUAUAGUGCGUGAGCUGAGUGGCAGAUAAUGUGUCAAUAAUUGAUUGACUGGGCAAUCGGCAUUGCUCGAUCAGUAUGUGAACAGGAAUAAACUGGGAAGGAACUUCGAUAUGGUCAGCAAUCCAGGCGAGGUGAUUGGAAAUAAGCGAAGCUAAGUGCAUCCAUUUGCAUUUGCCAAUUUGCAAUUUGCGAGCUGAGCGGCCGCCUUGAUGGCUUGCCGCGAUUUCGAGAACAAAUAGCGGAUAUCUGUGACUUGUGAGCCAUGUUCGAUUGAAUGCGGCAGCAACAUCUAGACCAACAGCAGCAACAACAACGGCAAGAGCAACACCAACGAACAACAUGUUGACAACUCACCAUCUGCACCACCUGCACCACCAUCGCGGCAGUACGGCCGUGGAACUGGACAAGAUCACCAACCUGAAUACGCUCAUCGUGGAGAUCAACAGCCAUGUGGCGCUAUUCCGCGAUAUGCUGAUACACGUGGGCCAGGCCAAGGAUUGCCCCGAGCUGCGAGAGAAGAUCCGGAAGCUGCGACGCACCUGCGUGGAGGCACUCAAGCACACCGCCCAGAUCCUGAUGCCGCAGGUCAAGAGCGCCAUGGCCGAUGGCAUCCUCACCGACAACCCGCACUUGGUGCUCCUGUUCUACAUGGCCCAGUUGUUCCUACGUGAACUUGUGAAAAGUUAUCGUCUCAUACAAGUCGUGCCAAUGGAUAUGUCCGGCUAUUAUGAGAACCGAGCUGGGCCCUCGAACCUGGGCAAUGUCAUCAGCCAGAUAUUGUUGUGCAAACAGUUUACGCCCGACUUCAACGAGGAGGAAUUAUGCAGCAUCACCAAAGACUCCCAGGACAUCGCCGUGCUCCUUUCCGAGAUGCAGGAGUACAUGCCGCAGCACGAGGCGUACUUGGAACGAAACGCGGCCCUGGACACAACUGGACCUUGGCAGGCCAAGAGGCGCCAGAACUACAUCUGCAAGAACAUGAGCCUCCUCUGCUGCGUAUCCAGGCCCAACUAUCUCUGAGAGCAGGCCGAUAGUGUGUAGUCCGAGCUGAGCUAAGCCCCCGACAAUGUGACCAUCUCCGCACUCAACCACUACUUAUAUCAAUUACUAGCGCCUAAGUUGAGCCUGCAAACCCGUAGAGGAAAUUCUAGAUCUUAAGCCGAGGAGCGGAACACUCAAUUAGCAUUGUAACAUAAUCAAAGG